AAAAUCAAUUCUGACGUGAUUGUUAAGGUGGCAAGGAACAAAGUCAAUUAAGGUACGAAGCUACAUUAACUUACAAAGAUAGACGGAAACAAACAUGAUUGACUCGUCUGAAUUUGAUGAGCUUUUCCAAGAAUCAGUAUCUCCAGUAAAACCAUGUUUGCAAAGGUCGAGAUUAAAAUCAAGAUCUGAACCUAAUUCACCAGCAGGUUCAUUCAAAAGGAAGUUAAAAGUGAAACAACUAAUAGACGAGGAAAAUAGAAGAAACAGUUUACCGGUUCCUAUAAUUUCAAAUCUAUCAAGUUCAUGUGAUGAUAUCUUAAAUGAGAAAAGAAGACCUAUACGACGAUUUCGGUCCUCAAAAUUAAUAUCGGGAGGAAUUACAGGGAUUGAAGACAAACGAGACAGCUAUGCAAGCUUAGACAUUCCCAAAGACCUUGAAAGAAGAAGACUUUCAAGUGAAACAUCAGAAGACAGUGCUAUUUGCUGUGGUUGUUCUUCGACUUGUUUACCAGGAUACUAUCGUGUGUGUGUCAUCGGCGCUGACGCUGUAGGAAAAAGAACAUUGAUAAAUAAAUUUAUGUGCUCAGAUGUUAUGACUACAGAUGGAGACGACGGUGACCGAUUUGUAACUGUAGUAAUAGACAACGAAGAAUCAACUCUGGAAUUUGUGAAUUUUUCAGAAGACGAGGAUCAAAGGUACCCAGUUGAUGCAUACAUUGUUGUAUUUUCCGUUUAUGAAAAGUCCAGUUACGACAUAGCCUGUAGGUUCCUACAAUGUAUCCGCAACGACCAGUUUAGUGACAGACCAAUUAUCUUGGUAGCUAAUAAAGUAGAUCUUGUGAGAAAAAGACAAAUAACCAAAGACGAGGCCAGAAAUCUAGCAUCGAAGUUCAAUUGUAAAUACAUAGAGACAUCAGCUACUUUGAAUAUAAAAGUUGACAAACUUCUUCUUGGAAUUUUGAAACAGAUAAAAAUUAAACUACAACCGGAGGUUACGGAAAGUUGUGAAUUAUCGACGAAAGGGGCGAUAAAGAGAGGAUCUAUUGGACUACUUAGCAGAUUAUUCCAUCUUAAACCCAAGGUCAAGGUUAAUAGUGAUGACGUAUUUGCGUUAUGAUGUGGAUCAAAUGUGAUUAUGCAUAGUUGAGAUGUGAUGACGUGUUAUCUGGAGAGACAGUGUGUUACAUGAGCACAAUGAUAUAUCGAUUUCAGUAAAGAUGUUUUAUCGAACUGCUUUUCAUUCAAUAGGAGAGAGUAAAACCGUUGUACGUUAAUACACACGAAAUAAGAAUAAACAA